GCUGGUGGCUAGGGCUCUCCGACCCUGCGGCCUCUGGCGCGUCCUUUUGCCCUUCCGGGCCUCCCUCUCCUGCAGCGUGGUCGGGGUUCGGUGGUCUCCGGCCCUUCCCUCCCCCCGGCCCGGUUCAUUCGUUCGACCCUGAGCUGGCCGCCCUCGGAGGAGUGGGUGGGGCGCGACGAGCUGGCCGAGCCGGUGUGCGGCCGGGCGCGGUGGGAGCCGAGCCCGCGGUGGUCGGGGAGGAGGGCAGCGCAAAGGAGGGGAUGCCCGAACCGGAGCUUCAGGAGUAAGCGGCGUUCCUGUGUUGUGGAAGGUGCGGGGACGCUGUACUGAGUGCUACAUCUGCAGCAUCACUGAGUCUUCAUAACAGCCCAUUGUGAUGGAGAGUCUAUUCUCCUCAUUUUAUAGUUGAGGAAACUGAAGCCUCGGUAGCUUCGCGCAAGUUAGUUACACAGUAAAUGGUAGCGUCAGAAGUUGAAUUCCCAAGCCUAGACUCCUAACCAUCUCUCUGCACCGCCUCAUUACCACACCUGUAAGCCAAGUGUUUGGUAAAUGCCCUUUGAGCAUCCUUUGUCGCAGCUCUGUAUUUGCCGGCCGUCUGAGAGAAUACAGCUAGGUAGAAGCCUCAGCCCCUGCCUUCUAGGCCGUGUACCCCGAACAGUCGACUGAAAGUACAAAGCAAAGUGCUCCAGUGAGUGUGGGCUGUUCAGGGGAGGACUCAGCUGGAAUUGCUGAAUGCGUCAGAAAGGAGUCUGAUUUGAGCUGGGUGUGAUUUGGAAGAUCAAUGGAAGGACGUUCCGGGCCGGAGACUGCCAAAGCAAAGACUCAGGUGUAAUUCUUCCAUUUCUGAAAACGCCCUGCUGCCUCUCUUCAGAGCCAUCAAGCCUGUACCUGAAAGUGUCUGCUGGUCUUGGAGUGCUCAACUUCACUUGGACUCUCUGCUUUGUUCUGGAAAUAUGUGGGCUUCAGCUCAAGCAGUGUCAAAACAGGCCAGGCCUACAGACCUCCCAGGAGGGCAAAAUCCCUUUUCCUCACCCACGAAGCUGGAUUCAUCUUGUUGGAUAUGAGACCUCUUCUUUACUGCUGUCAUCUUUUCUUCCGUAUACUGCUCCUUAGCCCAGGCCCCGAGACAGAAUGGUUCCUGUGGCAGCAGCUGAUACUAUUUCAGAAGGCAGCAACAUUUGAGGAUAUGACCAAAAAUUGGAAGUGUUUGGAAUCCUCUCAGAAGGACUGCCCCAGGGACGCAAUGCUGGACAAUUAUGAGAACAUGGUCCCUCAGGGAUCCUUCUUGCAGUUCUCCGUCAUGCCACAGAUAGCUGGAAAUGAUACCCCUGGUGUUUCAAAUACAAAUGAAAUGGAAAUGGAGAGAAGUAACAUGAGAGAAAAGUUUCUUAUAAGCGUGACAAAAUUAGUAGAAAGCAAAAGUUACAACAGCAAGGUAUUUUCCAAAGAAAAGUACUUUCAAACAAUAAAAGAAGUCAAAGAAGCUAAGGAGAAGGGGAAGAAGUCAUCACGUGAUUAUCGCCGUGCAGCUAAAUAUGACGUAAUCUCUGUACAAGGCACAGAGAAACUAAUAGAGGCUAAUCAUGGAGAAAGAGAUCGAAUACGGUAUUAUGUACAUAAGGAAGAGUUGUUUGAUAUUCUUCAUGAUACACAUCUCAAUAUUGGACAUGGUGGGCGGACGCGCAUGCUCAAGGAGCUACAAGGAAAAUAUGGGAAUGUCACUAAAGAAGUCAUUGUCUUAUAUCUGACUCUGUGUAAACAGUGCCACCAGAAGAACCCAGUACCCAAGAGAGAUCUUGCACCCAAGCCCAUGCCUUUCAAGGAUAUUGACUCCAGAUGCCAAGUUGAAAUAGUUGACAUGCAGUCAAAUGCUGAUGGUGAGUUCAAGUUUAUUUUAUAUUACCAGGACCACUUGACCAAGUUUAUUAUUUUACGACCAUUAAAAGCCAAACAGGCCCAUGAAGUGGUCAGUGUCCUAUUGGAUAUUUUCACAAUUCUUGGUACACCCACCAUGUUAGAAUCUGACAGUGGCAUAGAAUUCACAAACCAGGUUGUUAAUGAGCUCAAUGAGAUAUGGCCAGACCUAAAUAUUGUCUCUGGUAAGUACCACCCUGGCCAAGGCCCAGGCUCCCUGGAGCAAGCAAGCCAUGAUGUCAAGAACAUGAUAAGUGCCUGGAUGCAGAGCAACCACUCAUGUCACUGGGCCGAAAGCCUGCGAUUCAUACAGAUGGUGAGGAAUCAGGCCUUCGACGUUUCUUUACAGCAAAGUCCAUAUGAGGCAAUGUUUGGUUGUAAAGCCAAACUUGGAUUAUAUUCCUCACACUUACCCCGGGAAACUGUGGCUGUUUUACAAACAGAGGAAGAACUAGAAAUCGCUGAAGAACAGCUAGAAAAUAGCCUUUGGAUUAGGCGGGAAGAAAGGGCUGAGAAUGGAGCAGACAGAUUUGAUAUGGAUGAGGACGUCGAUCCCACUCCUCCUGAAGCUACAGAGCCCAGCACCUCACGAGGGGCUCCAGGUCUCUUCUGCUGGUGAACAGACACCUGCUGGGUGGAUGCUUUCAGUGUCUCUGGGCAUCAGACAGCCAUCUGAGAACUGUUGUCAAAGGCCCCAGGGGAAAGGAACAUGAAGGCUGCACUCUCAGUCAAGUUGUCCCUGGUAGUCCUUGCUCCGAGGGGAAGAGCAGAUCAAGUCUGUGAUCUAGGGCUGCCAUCACCAAUUCCCCCAAACUUGGCAGCUUAUAACAGCAGAAAUUUAUUGUCUCAUAGUUCUGGAGGCAGAAGUCUGAAACCAAGAUGUCGACAGGGUUUGUUCCUUCUGGAGGCUCUGAGGGAGAAUCCGUUCCAAGCCCUUCUCCUUUGUCUGGUGCCUGCCAGUAAUCCUUGGCAUUCCUUGGCUUGUAGUACCAUAAGUCCAGUCUCUGCUUUGUCUUCAUGUGGUGUUCACAUGGCCUUUUCCCUUCUGUCUCCGUGUGUGUUCUUUUCUUUCUCUUAGAAGGACACCAUUGGCUACCAAAUCCAUGUCGUUGAAUUUAGGGCCCACCCUAAUCAAGGAUGAUCUCAUCUCUAGAUCCUCACCUUAAUUACGUCUGCAAAGACACAUUUUUCCAAUUAAGAUUUCAUUCAUGGGUACUGGGGGUUUGGACUUGGACAUAUCUUUUGGGAGGGACACAGUUCUACCCACUACAGUCAGUGGAAGAAUUAUUUUUGCCUGCAGAAUAUGAACUGAGGGUGUCAAGCAUGUAGAGCUGGUGGGGCUGUCCUACAUGUAUCUAGUACAUAUUCCUUCUCCUGCUUAUUCCUGUUCCUCAGUCACAUACCAAAAAAGAUGGGGACAUCAGAGGAAAAGAUGUAGAUGAAGGACAAGUAACGAGAAGAAAAGAGGUUGCUCCAACAUGACCUAAAGACUGGCCGCCUCACCAGCUGAGCUCUAUUUCCUGCUUCAAGAGAAACCAUUUGUGCCAUCCCUGCUCUCCGAAUGGCAUGCACAGGGAAUUGUGUGACCUGCCUGAAACAUUUUGAAAGUAGGUCAGAAUUAAAGCAUGGCUGGGAUUUGGGUCUGAGUCUACCAGUUUUCUAUGCCUCAAGCAUAGAAAAGCAUGUUGUAUUCCUGGAACGGGUCAGUGCAUUCCAGGAAGUGACCAAUAGGCUGGGAAACAAUCAAGGUCUCUGGAGGAAAACACAAAAGUUGGCCUGAGGUCACUGCUCCAACCAGAGAAUAGAACAAGGGCCAGUCUGGGUCACGGUUCAGAGUAAGGAUAAGUGACCCAGCCAAAGGGAAGGAUCAUGCCUUGGAUCUGUGUACACUAAAUUUCUAAGGCCUAGAAGAGUGCUUUGUGCAUUGGAGGUAUUCAGCAAGGAUUUGUUGAAUGAAUAAAUGAUUCUGCAGAAUGGACACAGGGAAGGAGAAGGGGCCUCUAGUCCUUUAUUGCCCCACGCAUCCUUCCUGCAUAUCCCAAAGCCAUCUAAAACCAUUCUGAUUGCCCCUCGUGCUGGUUUCCUCUUCUGUUUCCACCUCCUACCUCACAGGCUCGUUGUGAGAGACAGUGAGAUAUGUAUGUGAAGGGGCUUUCUCCAUAAACACUGAAGUCCUACAAUGUGAGUUGUCCCUGCUGCUAGCACAUCCUAUCCUUCAUGUGAGAAUUGGAGACUUCUGUCUGUUGACAUUACAUUCCGAAUUAAACAAUGUUAAGUUGGGUAUCCAGGGAGCCUGCAUUAUUAUUAGAAAGGAGGUGAUGUCACUUUCCAGCUUGUUUUGGGGGGGGCAGAAUCUUGCUCUAUCCUUGGCCAGCACCUCACUUUCCAUUCCUUUUCUGUCACUCAGCCUGGUGGGGUCUAGGAGACCCAACCUGACUGAUGUAACCAUCCCUUCCCCCAUGCUGACCUAUUACCUUCUGGUUGCUGGGCAAACCAGGAACCGCAUCAUCAGCUCAUGUGGGUGAGAGGUGAGGUGAGGCACUACUGUCUUUCCCAGGGGGAGCCACAAAUAACCUAGGUUUCCGGAGCUGCUACAUCACUCUUCCUCUCUUGCUUCUUAAUAGUGGCAGUGGAACAGAGUUAGAAGUGGACACCUAGACCCAGUCUGACCUUACUCUGCCUUGUAUCACAUUUCUGCAUUUGUAACAGAGGUAACCAAGUGGUACGCCACUGGCUACUUUCAGUUUGCAAAUGUAUUUUGUCCACAUAAUGUUUGCUAAAUUUAAAAAAUUAAUUGCCAUCACUUUUAGAACUAUAGAUUUUAUGUAAAACUCUGGAUGUCUAGUACAUCUUGAAAAUUUGGAACAUGUGGCCACACUAGGCCCGUAUUUCUCCGGAGCAGCAAAUGACCGGAGCUAAGUGGCAACCCCCAGGAGGCAGGCAAUGCGUGCAUUCUCCGUUUGGCCACCGUCUGGGUCACUCACAAUAUAUGCAUAUGCAUUUCUGUGGCCUGUUGCUAAAGAAAGGCAGGUGAAGUCAGAAUGUGAGUAAAAGCCAGAAGCAGACUGGUAUUCCUUUAGGAGUUUGUGGUAAAAGUGGCAUUUCAGAUCAGUGGGGGAUUGUAUUAUGGAGUUAAUGGUGCUGGGUCAGUUAGCUAUCCAUCUGGAAAAAAAAUGAAGUCUGACCCCAAAACAUAAAAAAUACAGCUGUACUGGGCGAAAAAAGGAAGAUUUUUGUGAUCUUAGAAUGGAGAAAGUCUUCCUAAAUAAUACAUGAAAUUCACAAGCCAUAAGAGAAAAGAUUAAUGUACUUGGCUAUAUAAAAAUUUUA